AGUUUACUGAUGCGGCACCAGCGCUUUUCAUUGUUGAUUGGCUAUAAAUAUUGUAGGUAAAGUAUUGUUUAAUUUAAUUACUUACGAGUUAUUUACCGUUGCUGUUAUCGUUCGUUGAAUAGGCUUGCUGUUUUGUCGGUUUAAAAAAGUAACCUUUAUUUACUUUGUAACGUAUUUAAAAACGUAAUUGUGUAUUUCUGCAUUUGCCAACAAUACCCACAGCUCGUAUAAUUUAAAACCGCUAAAGUAGGCUAUGCGUAAAACAUUACGCGCAACCGUCUCACUGCUGGUAUUGUGUACAGUAACGGAUUCUGAGUGUUUUCCAUCUCGUCUUUUAGAGAUGUCGACUAGUUCAAGCUAUUAAAAGCCUACAGCUUACAGAGCUAUUAAAUGUACAUGUUCCUCUAUCGUACCGAAUACUCACUACUCAGCGACAGCGUUUGAUACUGUAUCUCCAAACCAUAAGUCUAAUGGUUGUUUGCCUUAUUUUGCAGAUAUUCCUCAGAUAUCUGGAUUCUGAUACUCCACUCCAAACGUCCUCAAGCCUUGUCGUGAUAAAGCACUUUAGGUGCACAUUUUUGCAAGUAAUAUGUUAUUUCCUGCUCUGCUGCUGCUGGCGCUGUCUUCGGUGUUAGGUUCAAAAGAGUGCCCUCACCACUGCCUCUGCUACGAACACUCGGAUUUGGUGGACUGCCGAGCGCGCGGGUUCCUCCAAGUGCCCCAUGGCCUCUCCCAUGGCACCUGACUGCUGGACCUGGGUGGCAACUUGCUGAUGGAAGUGCGGAGCCGUGCCUUUGCCGGACUUUGGUCACUGCGGGUCCUGGUGCUGUCUGACAGUGGAAUCCAGCUGCUGCAGCUCGAGGCCUUCUACUCCCUCUCCUUUCUGGAGAAGCUGGACAUGAGCCGUAAAAAGCUGUGCCGGCUGCCGUUGGACUUCUCCCACAGUCUGCCCUCGGUCCGGGAGCUCCGGCUGGACCACAACACCCUUGAGUGGCUAGAAGUCUCCAGCUUGGAGAAGCUGGACCUCAGCCACAACCACACCUUCUGCACCCAGGAGCCUUCCGGGGCCGGUCUCGCCUGCGCCACCUCUACCUCCAUGCCAACCAGCUGGGAGCUGUGCGCCAUGGUUCCCUGUCCAUGCUGCCCGUCCUAGAGGCCCUGCAGCUAGGCCAGAACAACAUUGACACGGAGGCUCUGGCUCCUCUGCACAGUCUCACCCUUCUGGGUCUGGAGGGAAACCAGCUGCAGCACCUUAAGUUCAAGACAUUCCUGAGCCUCCACACGGCCGGGCACCCACCUGCAGCUAGCUGGCAACCCGUGGAACUGCGACUGCGACCUGCACCGGGUCUUCAGCAAGCUGCUGAGUGCGCCACUUUGACGACUACCACAACGUGACGUGCCGCGAGCCUCUGCAGCUGGCGGGCGCCUCGCUGGCGUGGGUGGACAGUCAGUUGUGCAUGGCAGAGACGGCCACCGUGCUGGUCAUCACCGUAAUGGUGCUGGUGACUGUGUUGGCAGCUGUGGUCAUGGCCGAGCACACCCGCAAGAAGAACCAAUAUGGCGGCAAGAGCUGGGAUGCUGAGUCGCAGACCCAGGAGAGUGACUGUCAUGGGGGAGGGACACUGAGUGUGUAAUAAGUUCGAUAGAUGCGUUUUCCCUCACCGAUCUAGGAUCACAUUUUACACCAUGCUCCCUGGUCAUUUUAUGUUUGAAGAAAAAAAAAGAAAGGGGCCAUUUCCCAUCUGCAGCAAACUGACUGUGAGGGUUCAUAACACACCUCAGACUGCUCCUUAACAUUCAGUUGAACUUGUUGGAGGCAUUCAUUCUCUCUUCUACUUCAUCAUGGUCAUAAUGCAUGGCCCAGUCUGGUUCCAAGAGCCUGAGAAACAAUAUUUUAGAGUAUGAGCAGUUUUGUAUGAUAUAUCUAGAAGUCUGUGACUUGUGGAACUGGAGGACUGGAUGUCAUUAUUUUUCGGUGUAUCAUUUAAGACCUACCUGAAGUGUUUGACUGCUUACAAUUUACCCUGUUCAUUUCUUUCUUAAAACACCAGUACAGUGUUUGUCUUUUCUGUUCAACAUUUUCUCUUCAAUGUCUAUUCCAUUUCUGCACACUGUUGCGAGAACAUGGGUGUCAUGUUUCAAAUGUAGGCCUAUACAGUAGUUAUUUUUGUCUCAUGAAUGAUUAUCUUCUAACACAUGGAUAGGUUUGAUAGGGAAUUUAUUGUAUACAGAUGGUAAUAAAGUAUGAUUCUUUUUUUGACUCUA